AUGCAAGCUCGUGAAGGGGAAAGUGUUGCAGCAAGACGUUUCUUCACACUCACCUGCUACGGGUACACACUUUCCAUGGUUCUAAAGGCGUCAUCAUCUAGUAGUCUUGGUAGCUAUAUAUGCAGGCUGAGCCAUGCCUGGAUUGUGAAAUGCGAUGUGAAACUAGAUGACGUGUUGAUUAGCUGGAAGCUGGAGUGUCCUGGAGUGUCCUAUGUGAAGAGCGGGAAGCUGGAGUGUCCUGGAGAGUUUGGGUGUAGAUGCUAG